AUAUACACCUACAACCUAUGCCAGUAUUUGCUCCAUUUUUUCACCACUCAACCUCUGGGCCCUUCUUGUUUGGAAGCAAAGCUAAAAGGGCAACAGAUAGAUAUAAUUUACCACUUGUCUUUUACACUCGGAAAAUAUCCUUACUUACUAGUGUUUGGUUACUCAGAAAGUGUUGGAAAAAAAAAAAAAAAAUGGGAAAGACAAAUAAUGAUGGUACUGUGAGGAAGAAGAAAGUUGGGUCAUUACGCUCCAUAUUCAUGCAUGCAGAUGGUGUGGAUAUAUGCUUGAUGUUUCUGGGGUUCAUCGGAUCUGUUGGAGAUGGUUUUUCUACACCUUUGGUGUUGUUAAUCACUAGCCACUUGAUGAACAACAUUGGCGGAACAACUACUUCAAUGGAAGCCAGUUUAUUGCAAAGAAUCAACAUGAACGCAGUGGUUCUGUUGUACUUGGCUUGUGGGACAUGGGUAGCCUGUUUCCUUGAGGGAUAUUGUUGGACAAGAACAGGUGAGAGACAAGCAGCGAGAAUGAGAGCCAGAUAUUUGAAAGCAGUACUGCGCCAAGAAGUUGGAUACUUUGAUUUGCAUGUGACAAGCACUUCUGAAGUUAUCACAAGCGUCUCUAAUGAUAGUCUCGUUAUUCAAGAUGUUAUUAGUGAAAAGCUCCCAAACUUUCUGAUGAAUUCGUUUAUGUUCGUUGGGAGCUAUGUGACAGCGUUUGUAAUGUUUUGGAGAUUAGCAAUUGUUGGAUUUCCUUUUGUGGUGCUGCUGGUAAUUCCAGGCUUAAUUUACGGAAGCACUUUAAUGGGACUAGCAAGGAAGAUCAGGGACGAAUAUAACACUGCUGGUCAUAUAGCAGAGCAGGCAAUUUCCUCUGUAAGAACAGUCUAUGCCUUUGUAGGAGAGAAGAAAACCAUUGCAGAGUUCACUGCUGCUCUACAUGGAUCGGUGAAGCUGGGAUUGAGACAGGGUUUGGCUAAAGGGUUGGCCAUUGGAAGCAAUGGGGUUGUGUUUGCUAUAUGGUCAUUCAUGUGUUAUUAUGGUAGCAGAAUGGUCAUGUAUCAUGGGGCUCAGGGAGGAACAGUCUUCGCUGUUGGUGCUGCCAUAGCCGUGGGUGGCUUAGCAUUAGGUGCAGGUUUAUCCAACUUGAAAUACUUCUCGGAAGCAUUUUCAGCAGGGGAACGAAUAAUGGAAGUGAUUAAACGAGUGCCGAAGAUAGAUUCAGAAAACAAGGAAGGCGAAAUUCUGGAGAAUGUUAAUGGGGAAGUAGAAUUCAAGCAUGUAGAAUUCGCAUACCCAUCAAGACCAGAAAGCAUGAUAUUCAACGAUUUUAGUGCUCGGAUUCCAGCAGGAAGGACUGUGGCUUUAGUGGGAGGAAGUGGAUCAGGGAAAUCAACAGUGAUAUCACUGUUGCAGAGGUUUUAUGAUCCACUUGGAGGUGAAAUACUUCUCGAUGGGAUCGCCAUAGAUAAGCUACAGCUCAAAUGGCUGAGGUCACAAAUGGGUUUGGUGAGCCAGGAGCCUGCUCUGUUUGCCACAAGCAUUAAGGAAAACAUACUGUUUGGCAAAGAAGAUGCUGAUAUUGAAGAGGUUAUUGAGGCUGCCAAAGCUUCCAAUGCUCAUAAUUUCAUUUGUCAGUUGCCUCAGGGGUAUGACACCCAGGUUGGUGAGAGAGGAGUUCAAAUGUCAGGAGGACAAAAACAGAGAAUAGCAAUUGCAAGAGCAAUAAUAAAGAAACCCAAGAUUCUACUACUGGACGAGGCCACCAGCGCAUUGGACUCGGAAUCAGAACGAGUAGUCCAAGAAGCUCUUGACAAAGCGGCCGUGGGCCGGACCACCAUAAUCAUAGCCCACCGCCUAUCCACCAUCCGAAACGCCGACGUGAUCAUCGUCGUUCAGAAUGGUCAAGUCAUGGAGACCGGCUCGCACGACGACUUGAUCGAACGCCAAGACGGCUUGUACACCUCGCUUGUUCGUCUACAGCAGACAGAGAAACAGAACUGCCUAGAAGAAGCUAGUUACGGACCGGCUUCGAUAUCCAACACCACCGACUCCAACAACACAAGCAGCCGCCGGCUCUCCUUGGUAAGCCGGUCGAGUUCCGCCAGCUCUUUCGCGAUGAGUCGGAAUUCGGUUGCCGGGGAAGACAGCAGAGAAGAUACCAGAGCACUCCCGGUGCCGUCGUUUAGGAGAUUGUUGGCUCUGAACCUGCCGGAGUGGAAGCAAGCGAUGCUUGGGUGUUUGAGUGCCGCACUUUUCGGUGCGGUUCAACCUCUGUAUGCCUUCGCAAUGGGGUCGAUGAUCUCGGUGUAUUUCUUGCCGGACCAUGAUGAGAUUAAAGCCAAGACUAGGACUUACGCUCUGUGUUUUCUUGCAUUGGCUGUUUUCUCGUUGCUUGUGAAUAUUGGCCAGCAUUAUAACUUUGCUUACAUGGGUGAGUAUUUGACCAAGAGGAUCAGAGAGAGGAUGCUUUCCAAGAUAUUGACUUUUGAAGUUGGCUGGUUUGACCAGGAUGAGAAUUCUAGUGGUGCUAUUUGCUCUAGACUAGCAAAAGAUGCCAAUGUGGUAAGAUCCUUAGUAGGUGAUCGGAUGGCUCUUAUAAUACAAACAAUCUCAGCUGUAAUUAUAGCAUGCACAUUGGGUUUGGUGGUAGCAUGGAGACUUGCUCUUGUAAUGAUGGCAGUCCAGCCACUCAUCAUACUUUGCUUCUACACCAGACGUGUCCUUCUAAGAAGCAUGUCCAGUAAAGCCAUUAAAUCACAAGAAGAGAGUAGCAAGCUUGCUGCUGAAGCAGUAUCCAAUCUCCGAACCAUCACUGCUUUCUCCUCACAAGACCGAAUUCUCAAAAUGCUUGAAAAGGCCCAAGAAGGUCCACGCAGAGAGAGUAUCCGUCAGUCGUGGUUUGCUGGUAUUGGGCUUGGCUCUUCGCAAAGCCUCAUGACUUUGACUUGGGCUUUUGAUUUCUGGUAUGGUGGUAAACUAAUCUCAGAAGGCUACAUUGCAGCGAAAGCACUCUUUGAGACCUUCAUGGUUUUGGUAAGCACGGGCCGUGUCAUUGCAGAUGCUGGGAGUAUGACAACGGAUCUCGCCAAAGGGUCGGCUGCUAUUGGAUCCGUUUUUACAGUUUUGGACCGGUACACAAGAAUUGAACCCGAAGACCCAGAAGGUUACCAACCAGAAAAAAUUUCUGGUCAUGUGGAACUCCGAGACAUAUAUUUUGCAUAUCCUUCUAGACCCGACGUGAUGAUCUUCCAAGGAUUCUCAAUCAAAAUCGAAAAAGGGAAAUCCACAGCAUUGGUGGGACAAAGUGGGUCCGGCAAAUCAACUAUCAUUGGAUUGAUUGAGAGAUUCUAUGACCCAUUCAAAGGGGUGGUAAAAAUCGACGGUCGAGAUGUGAAGUCCUAUCAUCUUAGAUCAUUGAGAAAACACAUUGCGCUUGUUAGCCAAGAGCCAACAUUAUUUGCUGGCACUAUUAGAGAAAAUAUCACAUAUGGAGCAUCGGACAAGAUCAGCGAAACGGAGAUCAUAGAGGCAUCAAAAGCAGCCAAUGCUCAUGAUUUUAUAGCGGCACUAAAGGAUGGGUAUGAGACGUGGUGUGGGGACAAAGGAGUUCAGCUUUCUGGUGGUCAAAAACAACGAAUAGCAAUAGCCCGUGCUAUACUGAAAAACCCAGCAGUGUUGCUAUUGGACGAGGCCACGAGCGCGCUUGAUAGUCAAUCGGAGAAGGUGGUACAAGAUGCAUUGGAGAGAGUUAUGGUUGGGAGGACCAGUGUUGUUGUGGCACAUAGAUUGAGCACCAUAAAAAACUGUGACCAAAUUGCGGUUUUGGAUAAAGGGAAAGUGAUUGAGAAAGGAACCCACUCGUCUCUGCUGGCUAAAGGGCCUAAAGGUGCUUAUUAUUCGUUGGUUAGCCUCCAAAGAACACCUUCGAUCACCAGCACAACACGCACAAUCAACUAAAGUUGUUCAUGAAUGUUUGUUUCCCUAUAGCUCGAUCUUUUUUCUUUCACCCUGUUUUUUAAUUACUCUCUCUUCGUCAAAGUCGACGGGGAAGUAGAGAGGAGUUUUUUUUUUUAAGUUUUAUUUUACAAAUAUAUAUUUAUAUAUUUAAAGUGUCUAUGAUCA